UAAUCUUAAAUUGAUGAGACAAGCUACUCCCAAUGCAAAAGUGCAUAUAUUUGUUAUUAUUUAUGACACAUACCCUGUAUGUCUACUAUAUUCGGUAGUAGGGUUUUAACGGUGACUAAAGGGGAGUUAUUUCAUGUCUGGAGCACUCCAAUAUUGUUAAAAACCAUAUUUAGGUUGUAAAAAGGUUUUCUGUCUUAUUCUCUCAUAUGUCUACUACUUGUAUAUUGGGUAAUAGGGUUGUAAAGGUGACUAUAGGGGUGUUAUUUCAUGUCUGAGGGCUCCAAUGUUAAAAGGCAUAUUUAAACAGGUUUUCUAUUCCCUUAACUAUGAAAAUAUUUCAUAUUUUUAGAUUUAUUCAAGGAAUAUUACUUCGUGGAAAUUAACUUGUCACUGUCGAGUCUGGACCAAAUUAACCGCAAUAAACGAGGGAUUGCCGUACAAGCUAAACUAUGUCAGCUUUGGGUUGUAGUUAGCCAACAUAGCUAAUUAGAGUCAUAUCUAAUAAUUAAUCCGUUGUCAGAAUAUGCAGAUGAUCAGUAAAAAAAAAAAAAAAAACGAGUACAAGGUAAAGUUGGACGUUUUAUUUAUACUUCUUUGCCCGGCAUCUUUAAGAGCAUUGUAGGCAAGCAGUGGUGAUGCUAGCAGCUAACAGUUGAGUUAGCGCUUAGCUUAGCUGCUAGCAACUAGUAACAUAUGGUUGUCCAUUUACUAAAAGACAGGUAAGAACAGAAACAAGAAACAAGGCUGCGCGGCUUAAUUUUAAUGUAAUUACAACUAGUAAUACAUAAAUAAUACAAAUACAGCAAAUGCACACAGGCAGCGAAGGCCUCGUGAGAUGUUUAGAGUGGUUGCUAGACAACGGUCGUCACGCGACCAGUUUGCUUUAGAACGACUCCCAUCAGCGCGUGCAGCCUUCAUCGACCGUGACGUCACUCAACACAUAGACGGCUCCAGCACCGCCAAGGACUUCAUCGCUGCUUUGGACUCGAAUGACCGGAGUUCACCUCGACCCCACCCGGGCUCCGGUGGCCUUCGGGCGGCUGGCGAUACCGGAGCUCUUCGCCCGGCUGGAGGAGGCCGACACCGACACGAAGCUUCGGGCUCUGUUGUCCCUGUGCGACGUGACCCACGACCCGGAGCGCCUCUACCAGGUCGUCAGUGAAGGCUUUUUGGGCCAGUUGGAGGUUUUGAUGAAGGAUGACGAGCCAGCAGUCCGAACCAGAACCUGCGAGCUCCUCCACCUGCUGACCAGCCAUGACAUCGGCAGACACUCUCUCCUGUCGUCGUCGCCCCUCCUCUCUCGUCUGUCGCUGCUACUGGACGACCCCUCUGUGCCGUGCAGGACGCGAGCCCAUCGCGUCAUCAACAGCCUGGUGUUGCUGCCCGCAGGUGCCGCCACCCUGCAGCCGCUGCUGGCCAAGCUGAUGGCCAAGCUGGAGGAGGAGGAGGAGGAAGAGGAGGUGCAGGCGCUGCUGCUGUCCACGCUCAACUGCUGCUCCCGCCAGGACGCCCUCGCCGCGCUCGCCCACCACGGCGUCACGCUCAUCGCGCGCAAACUCCCCCACGCCUGCUCCGACAUCCGGCGGGAGGCAGCGGGGGCAAUGAUGGCGCUCAGCGUUCCGGUGGAGGGCAAGCGCCAAGUGUGUGAGGCGGCCGUCCUUCCCGUCCUGGCAGGUCUCCUGCGGGACCAAGACGUGGACGUGCAGGCCAACGCGGCGGGCGCCAUCAUGAACACAGUGGUCAUCACCACAGGCAAGCACCAGUGUCUGGACCUGGACGUCCUCCCCGUCCUGCUGGCCCUGGUCUCUGAGCGCAGGAAGGACGGGGAGGAGGAGAAGAGGAGGAAGGCCCUGGUGCUCUACUCCCUCAGAGCUCUCACCUCGCUGGCCGAGGCUCCCGAAGGCCGCCGCCGCCUGCUGGAGCAGCUCCCCGUCCUGGUGGGGCGGAGCCAGGCCCCCAAGGACGACCCUGACAUCUGUAAAGCCGCUCGCACCGCCGUCAGCGUCGUUACCUGGAAGCCCUGACAAUAAAAGAUGAAGUCACAUGAUGGGGUCUUAUGUUCGUUGCUGCUAAUGCUAACAAUGCUAAGUUGUGGCGUCUGAUUGGCUGAGGUGAUGAUGCCUUCAGGGACACUCACGCCUGCAUAGACGCAUUUUUACUGGCUGACCUGCCGCCCACAAUAGACAACACACUUUAUAUCUAGGAGCUCUGUCAGUCGUGAUGCUAACAAGCUGUGACCAGGCCGUGUUCGACUCUUCCAUGGUUUGGCAUAUCUUGAUGAAAAUAUCCUCCCCCGUCGUAGUCCCUUUGGUACGGAGCCCCGGAGGGGACAUGGAGAAA